AAGGAAGAUGAUGUGUCUGUCACUCAAAAGGGAAGUUGACCAUCUGAUAAACUUCUAUCAACUUCCUCCAGAACAUUAUGUUGUCUCUUAAGAAUUGCUCUAAUAUUUCAUCUUACAAAAGGAACUUGUUUUUAAGAUUAAAUAUAAUACUAGAGUUAAUAAAACAUGAUAUGGACGUAAUUUAAAACAUGAAAAAGUAUUAUAAUGUUUUAAACCUGAAUUUAUACCUACAAAGUCGUCACGUGUGCUGGUGACGUGCCACCCCAUGACUUCCUUCCUUUAACGUUGAAUGUGCACGCAUCCAUUUGUUUAGUUAUAAUAUUGGCAACAAAAGCAACGAGUUGACGUCCCUCUAUAUCAGCUACUGUAUAUUUUGAGAGAAAUUUAACUUGGAUAUUUACUUUUCGAUAUCGAUUAAUGACACUUCAUUUAACUACAGGUUGUUGACAUACGAAAUUACUCUAAAUUGCUAAAAUGAAGACAGAAAAACAUUCAGAUUUUACAUACGAGGAAAGAGAAGAAAAAUUUGGAGAAGUUUUGAAUGAAUUUAUUGUAGAAAUUAAGUCAGAACCUUUGGAAUAUCAAGACGAUUUUAACGUAGAAUCAAAUAUUUAUGGAAAUCCAACAUCAACAAAUGACACAAAGAAUUCCAAUAUUUGGGAGAAUUUUGACUAUAAGAGUGAAAUAGAGUGUAAGAAGGAAGAAAUAAAACAGGAGAAUUACGACAUUAAACGUAAUAUAAAGUCAGAAUGUAAAGUUGAUUUGAAAACAUUGGAUAUUAAAGUAAAGUCUGAAGAUUGUAAAGAAGCUGUUUAUUUGACAAAUGAUUUUGAACACGUACAGGUUAUUCAAAAGAAUGAAUCCUUCACUCCCCACAAAGAAUUUAACACAGAGGAGAGGAAGACCCAAAUUAACGAGGAAAGUCAAAGUAAGCAAUAUGACACUGAGUACAAUCCUAGAAGAGCAGAACAUUAUAAAAUCAACAGCAAGAAAUUUGCUCCUCCAGUUAAAACAGGCAAUAGAAUGGUAGCAAAGAUAAAAAGGAAAUAUUUCAGAAUGAUGGGUGCAUCCUAUUCUAAAAGAACAUACACGUGUGAUUUAUGUAAAAAGACUUUUUUAAAUAUGGUAAUUUUACAAGCACAUCUAUUUUUUCACAUUCGAAAGAAGCCAUUUCGCUGCACAUCCUGCAAUCAGACGUUUUUCUGGGAUUUUCUUUUGCAAAGGCAUAUGAAAGUACACAACAAAGAAGUUCAAAUCAAAAUUGAUAAUAGAAAAUUUCAAAACUUUUGUGGUGAACGUUUUCAAACGCUUUCAACACGCGCAUCAAAACAAGGUGCAGCUCACGUUUGUAAGAUAUGUGAAAAAGAAUGUAAGGGGAAACAUCAGUUGAAACGUCACGAAGCGACGCACAAUGAAGAUCGACCUUUCAAAUGUAAUAUUUGUGCUAAGGAUUAUAAAACGAAACGCCAUUUAAACAUGCAUAAAGUAUGUCAUACUAACACAUGUAAGUACUCGUGUCGUAUAUGUAAAAAGCCUAUUAAAAGAAAAGACUGCUUGAGAAAACACGAAAACACUCAUAAACAUAAAUAUAUGUAUAUUUGUGACGUAUGCAAACUUAGAUUUAAGUGUGAAAGUUCUUUAACAAAGCAUCGCUUUGUUGAACACGAAAAUAUGUUUGUAUGCUGGUGGUGUCGAAGGGCAUUCAAAACAAAAAAUCUGCUGGAGAAGCACUCGAAAACUCAUGUUCAAAAGUGUGAUAUCUGCAAAAAGGAAUUUUCUUGUAAAAGCACUUUAGCCAUUCAUAAGAGAAUCCAUGCUGACGUCAAACCAUUUAGUUGCGACGUAUGUAAGAGAAGUUUCAGAACUAAAAGUCAUUUAAAAAGGCACGGAACUGUUCACAAUGAAGCCAGUUUUCCUUUCUUCUGUGACGUAUGUAAAAAGGGAUAUAAUCUUAAAAGCGAUUUAUUAAAGCAUGUACCUAUUCAUCUGAAAAAUCCAUAUUUUUGUAGCCAUUGUAAAAAAACUUUUAAAACAGAGAUUGAACUGAAACACCAUUUAGAAAUUUUCUGUUUAAAAAUACAUCCCAAACACACCAAGGGUAUGACAUACAAAUGUAAUAUCUGUGACCAGAUUUUUAAAAAAAAAGUUGAUUUUGAGAAGCAUCUAAUUACUUACAACGAUGAGAUACAUUUCUAUUGUGACGUUUGCGAAAGAAACUUUACAACACAACUAGAAUUUCAAACUCAUCAUUAAACUAGUCAUACCACAAAACAAUACAAUACAGAAGUUAUUAAGGUUUAGAUAAUACAUAAGUAUACCUCUUUAGGUGUUAAAACGUAUGAUAUUUCUGAUUUAAUUGUAUUCUAAAAAUUCGCGUUGGAAAUCAGUUUUUAUAAUAGAAAUUUACUUGUGAAAUUCAUUGAAAUCUAUUAUGACUUAAAUACAAAGCAUAUUUGAAGACAUAACUAUUGUUUCUAUUUGUAAUGUUUGAGUUUUUCUACAUUAUUAAUAAUAUAAAUUCUGCAACAAAAUGUAA